AGUAAAUAUCAAAAAUAAGAUGGAAGCAAGAAGGAUGAAGAAAGAAGAAGGACUCACAGAAAACACUGGACUUCCCCGGAAGCUGCUUGAAAAACAUGACCCCUGGCCAGCCUAUGUCACCUAUACCUCUCAGACAGUGAAAAGACUCAUUGAGAAAAGCAAAACUAGAGAACUGGAAUGCAUGCAUGCCCUCGAGGAAAGACCCUGGGCAUCGAGGCAGAACAAACCUUCCAGCGUCAUUCAGCCGAAAAGGAGGAAGUCAUCCAAGUCUUCUGGCAAAGCUGUGUUCAGGGACACGCUGUCAGAAUCCACGUUAUCAAUGUGGGGUACUUAUUCCAUAUCGGCCAUGGCUCCUACCAUGAUCCCAGAACUCACACACUUACAUACGGAUUCCAGAGACUGUCCAACUGCAAACUAUAACAAGAUCAUCUUUGCCCGAAAGCCUAUUAUGAGGAUGCUCCCUACAGUUUGCUACUGACCAACAAGGAGAAACAUGCAAAUGUUUAGCCAGGGGUCCCUGCAGCCAUCCCCCAAGAACAUACAGCAAUUAAGCUCCAUUUACCACUCAUUUGAUGGUGUCCUUUAAAUCUGAACUUGCUCUUGCUCAUGCAGAGCUUGGCUGAGAGAAACCAGAUCAGAAUGCGAGCUGUAGGUGGGUGGGUGAGUGUGUCCCCUCCCACACUGCUCUCUGGUGGGGUUGGGCAGUCCCCGGCUCUAGUCUCUGCCACAGAUGCUCAGGACCAAAAUGUGGGUGAUUUGUCUGGGUCCAGGCAGGGGAUAGAAAUCACACCAGCUAUUUUAUUAGAGAUAAUAUAAAGAAUGAUUAACCAGGUGACAGUAAAGGGCAGGAAGGGAAUACAAAGGUAUCCAUGGAGGUAGCACCACAGGAAGCAGGCAUCACACUUGAGGCUUGGGAACAAGGGGAAGAUGCUGGAUUCAUUGAAAGGUAGUUGCUUGAAGAAGGGACAUAGGGCUGAAUCUCAGACUUCUGAGGUGGGGGAGUGGGGAUGCCGCUCAAUGCAGCUGGUAUCUCUGAGCUCCGAGGAGAGUCCUGUGGGGAUGGUGCCCCCGCCUCUCAAUAGGGGAGCUGUUUUGUUGGUGUCUCUGAGGGGACCCCCAUAAGGCUGCUUUUGUGAGUGUUGGAAAAACCAAAAACUGCAUUGAAAUGUUUCUGGGAGGAGUUGCCACUGCCCAGGUGAAGAAAAAGCACUGCUAGGGUUAGCCACCUGUCUGGCAGGGACAGGAAGCUGAUAGAAAGUGGACAGGAAGCUGAUAGAAAGUGAACAGGAAGCAAACAGGAAGUGAGCAAGGAGCCACUUCCUACUUCCUCCUUUAGCCUUGCAGAUUCCUUCUAGCGCCCCCUGCGGGCUGAGCCUAUCAGGGCACAAAGCCAGAAUGUGGUUUGUAGAAUCCCAGCCCCAGCAUCUCCAAGCAUAGGAUGGAUUUUGAAGCCAAGAGGGAAUUAGCUCUCGGCUGGGUUCUGAGUGAUCCCAUCCAGCUGCUCCUGGACCUGGUAUUGAGAGGUUUUUCCCUUGGAGGGCAAACAAAGUGGCAAUGGGGACCAGGGUGUCCCCUGCUGAGAAAUGGAGAGCUCUUUUCCCCUGUACUUCUCUGAGGUUUGCCUUGUGGAGCCAAGUGCUUGGGGGGAGGAGCUCCUGGCAGGACUCCAGCUGUUAUUUGUCAGAGGACAGCUAGAAUUGGUUCACCCAUGCUCUGAGCUGGCCCCAAAGCGAGCUAUGCUGAACUCUUCUCCAUCUCCAAGCAGACAACCUUUGUCUUUACAUGCAAGAAUGAUCCAGUUAUGACAGGCUGACCCAGCUGGUUUCAUGUUUGGGAUUUAUCUACUGAGUAAGGCUGACCUUACCUGAGUUUCUGUAUGUGUAUUUGCAAGACAGUUAAUACUAAUCCAUCAUCCCUCACAGAGAUGUAGAGGAUGAGAUGUAGUAACUUAUAGAAGUGUCAUUUGGAAAAGUUGAAUUUGCCUUACAAGGCGUGUUCUCCAUUUAAGGGUCUUGUGUAAACGUUUGCAGACACAGGUGCAGCUUUGGAAAACUCACCUCUGGCUCCUGUGCUUUUGUGUUGGGACAGCUGCCUAAAUUAAGAGCUCUAGACCUGCUCUUGGUUCCCAACUGUUGGCCAGAAUGAAUUCUUGCACAAAUAUAGGUGGUUUCCAAGGAAUUUGAAGGAUUGUAUUUUGUGUCCAUGGAAGGUUUAUAGACAUGGAGGCAGGCAAUAAAUUCCUGCAAUAA